AAUCGAGUUGAAUGUGUCGGCGCUUGCUUAAACUUCACAUUUGGCACCCCACACCUCCUUUCAUUAGAUCUAACCUCUGCAUCUCUUUUUCUCUCUCUUCCAUAUUUUCCAUUGCAGUUAUAUCACCGACAUUUCCCUCUAAAUCACAGCUCCCAUUAACAAGAAAAACAGCAAUAUAAUACAUGCACAUUACAUUUGCAUCAAAUAUCAACCCACAUUAAACCCUAAACCUCUUUACCCAUAUCCUGUUACAUUGCUAAUUUUUCUGGGAUUUCCUUCAAUUUUUCAUAAAACAACUUUUUUUUCUUCUUCCCCAUUUCCAGAAAAAAUUAUUAAAAAUUCUGGGUUUUCAAAAUGGGGAAAGAAAAAGAGUCUAAAGGAGGAGGGUGUUGUGGUUGGUUCUUGGUGAUAAUAGUAGCGUCAGCCAUUGUUGCGGGUAUAGUGAUUGCUGUAAGAUCAAAGUUUCAUCAUUCUGAUAAAGCUGAACCUGUUCCGGGCCCACCUGGUGCCAUUGUUACUAAAUACUCUGAUGCUCUUAAGUUAGCUUUGCAGUUUUUUGAUGUCCAAAAAUCUGGUAGGCUGGUAGAUAACAAAAUAUCAUGGAGGGGUAAUUCUGCUCUGGAGGAUGGAAGUGAGGCGAAGCUGGAUCUCUCGAAAGGAAUGUAUGAUGCUGGUGACCACAUGAAGUUUGGCUUCCCAAUGGCGUUCACCGCCACAGUCUUAUCCUGGGCUAUCCUUGAGUAUGGGGAUCAAAUGGCUGCUAUAAAGCAGCUUGAACCUGCUCAAGAGAACCUCAAGUGGAUGACUGACUUUCUUAUCAAUGCACAUCCUAGAGAUAAUGUCCUCUACAUUCAAGUUGGUGAUCCUGAAGUGGAUCAUAAAUGUUGGGAAAGGCCUGAAUCUAUGACUGGAGAAAGGCCUCUUACACAAGUAAAUGUUACCACUCCGGGUACAGAAGUUGCAGCAGAAACAGCAGCAGCCAUGGCAGCUGCAUCGCUUGUGUUUAAGUCGAAUGAUGCCACGUAUUCAAGCACUCUUUUGAAGCAUGCUAAGCAGCUUUUUGACUUUGCUGACAAACACAGAGGUUCUUACAGUGAAAACAUUCCAGAAGUUGCAACUUAUUAUAAUUCCACAGGUUAUGGAGAUGAGCUCUUGUGGGCUGCAAGCUGGCUUUAUCAUGCAACCAAAGAUAAUACUUACUUGGAAUACGUGAAUGACAAUGGAAAAGAAUUUGCUAAUUUUGGAAGUCCAACAUGGUUUAGUUGGGAUAAUAAACUUGCCGGAACUCAGGUACUACUUUCCAGGGUCAAUCUUUUUGCUUCAAAGGACGGGAACUCUGGCCUUCAUAUGUAUAGGCAAACAGCCGAGGCUGUUAUGUGUGGCCUCAUACCAAAAUCUCCGACAGCCACGUCUAGCAGAACUGAUGGUGGUCUUAUAUGGGUUAGUGAGUGGAAUGCGCUUCAGCAUCCUGUCGCAUCUGCGUUUUUGGCUGUUGUCUACAGUGAUUACAUGCUUUCUUCAAGAACCGCACGGAUUUCUUGCAAUGGAAAUUCCUAUAAGCCAUCAGAACUUCGGAAGUUUGCACUCUCACAGGCUGAUUAUGUUUUAGGAAACAACCCUAUGAAAAUGAGCUUCCUUGUGGGUUAUGGGGACAAAUACCCACAAUUUGUGCACCAUAGAGGAGCGUCAAUUCCAGCAGAUGCAAAAACUGGAUGUGAUGAUGGAUUUAAGUGGCUUAAUUCUACCGAACCCAAUCCAAAUGUGGCUGUUGGAGCACUUGUGGGAGGGCCCUUCUUGAACGAAACAUUUAUCGAUGAUCGGAAUAAUAGUAUGCAAACAGAACCAACCACAUAUAACAAUGCCCUUGUUGUCGGCCUCUUAUCGGGUUUGGUCACCACUUCUUCAGUAGUUUCAUCUUUUACAUGAAAGUAAUCCGAUUCUACAAACUACAUUGGUUGUAUGACUUGUAUCUAUGUUGUAUGUGUGCUGUCCAUAUCUAUGUAGGUAUUGUUUUACAUUGUUGCUAUUGUCAUCAUAGUACAAUGACUAGUGUGCUGAACAUAACUGGACAUGGUUGGGGUAGUAAACUAGUAAUUAGUAGUUAGAUGUCAACUUCUUUAUAUGCAGUAAGCAGUAUGUAUGAAUUAGCAGUCGCAAUCAUUUUUUUUAUAUAUAUAUUUUUUGUUUUUUUGGGUUU